UACCUGGGUUGACCUUCGUCUUUGCGUGUGCCCAGGGUGCUGAUGGUGCUGGGCGCGGGACGAGGUCCCCUGGUCAAUUCCUCGCUGCGCGCGGCGAAGGCCGCGGGCAGGAAGAUCCGCGUCUACGCCGUGGAGAAGAACCCCAACGCUGUCGUCACGCUGGAGAACUGGAAGGCGGAGGAGUGGGGAGACCGCGUGACCGUGGUGUCGUGCGACAUGCGCGAGUGGCUGGCGCCCGAGAAGGCCGACAUCAUUGUGAGCGAGCUGCUGGGCUCCUUCGGCGACAACGAACUCUCCCCCGAGUGCCUGGAUGGGGCGCAGCGCUUUCUCUCGGAGGACGGCAUCAGCAUCCCGCGUGAGUACACCUCCUACAUCUCUCCCAUCUCCUCGUCCAAGCUCUACAACGAGGUGCGCGCCUGCCGCGAAAAGGACAAAGAUCCAGAGGCCCACUUUGAGAUGCCCUACGUGGUGCGCCUUCACAACUACCACGAGCUGGCCAAGCCACAGCCCUGCUUCACGUUCGUGCAUCCCAACUCAGAGCCCGGGAAGGACAACAGCCGCUACAAAGCCCUGGAGUUCCCCAUCAGCACAGACACGGUGCUGCACGGCUUCGCGGGAUACUUUGAGACGGUGCUGUACAAGGACGUGACGCUAAGCAUUCAUCCCGAGACCCACUCUCCCGGCAUGUUCUCCUGGUUUCCCAUUCUCUUCCCCAUCAAGCACCCCAUGCCCGUGCGGAGCGGCGACACGGUGUGCCUCCGCUUCUGGCGCUGCUGCAACCAGCAGAAGGUGUGGUACGAGUGGGCCAUCACGUCCCCGAUGACGUCCGUCUUGCACAACCCCGCGGGACGCUCCUCCACCAUCGGCCUGUGAACCACGCGGAGAGAGAGAGGAGAGAGAGGAGAGAGAGAGGAGAGAGAGAGGGGGGAGAGAGGGGGGAGAGAGGGGAGAGAGAAGGGAGAGGCCUUUGCGCACGCGGCGUCCCAUUUCCGCCUCCGUCGUCGUCGUUGCGCUCGUUUACCCAGGAAAGCCUCGCCGAGUCUCGCGUGCGACUCUUGGUCUUUCUUUUUUCAGGAGGGUUUCUGCCAAGUUUUCGAAGUAGCAAGGUGGGGGGGGGGGAGCGACCGGCGUUUGCCACGCGUUGUUCACGUUGAGUCAUUUGCGGUGGGGGGUUGGGGGGGUUGGGGAGUUUCAGUUGUAGCAAAGUCGGACCGCGACGCCGGCGCCACAGUUGCCUGCUCUUGCGAAUGGCGUCACGGCAUCUUUAUGACGUCCGCCGUGAAGCGCACAGGCGCGUGGCGGUAUUUCUCGGGACUGAUGCGCACCGCAGUAUUAACCGGGGUGGCCGCUCGAACCGCGAACCUCCGUGCGACGACGAGCAGCGGAACACCGCUACCCCGCCGCCGCUGGGUCGCGUCACCGCUUCACCGCGUCACCGCCACCCCCCCCCCACCACCCCCCACUGUUGGUAAAUUAAUUAGCGACGGAAGUAUUCGACGCUAAAGCGUGAAGCGUUUAUUUUUUCGCUCCUUUUUUUAGUCAGCGAUGAUCGCGUGUGGCCGAGAGCCACCUCUCACGCGUGACGAUGACGACCACCUCCGACCAAUGACCUAAGCGUGUCCCGCCCUAACGAGGCGAGAUAUGGCGAGUCCGAGUGAAGACGCAUUCCAAGAUAAUAAUGAUAAUAAAGAGAUGAGGUGGUAAUGUUAUUCGAGAUGGUGCGCUGAGGAAGACACAACAUUUAUAAUUGGUCAUGUGUACGAAAAGAUUUGCUGCAAUCACCGAUUGGCUGCCAAUUAAUGUGGGAGGAGGAAUUUCAUGAAUCACUCCAACAUCCGUUAACUAAGAGUGUCUAACUACAUAUUUCACCACUUUAGUUGCUCAGACUAAGGUCCGUAUUCAUAGUCACGGCCUGGCUCAGGCCUGGCUCCUUUGGCUGCUAUAAAUUUCCACGUGAUGAUGAUAAACCACUUCGUAGAGCUGUCAUUUGUGGUGGCCAGGUUGCUUCUGAAAAAAAUAGCCACAUAGAUCAGUGGGGCCUUACCUGGUAAAGUAGAAAAGUUUUGAAAACUUUGGCCGCCUCCGAAUACGGUCCAAGCCCAGUUUAAGAUUUAUUUGAGCCCAGCCACGGCUUAGCGUGUGCGUGUCUGUGUGCGUGUGUGCGUGUCUGUGUGCGUGUCCGUGUGCGCUCGCUACUUCAAGUUCGCGUGCUUCUUGGACGACGGCGUUGAUGCGGUAGGCGCGUGACGAAUUUGCCGAUUCUGUCAACGACGGUGGAUCGUUUAUAUCGUGGCAUCGCGCCGCGAUGGCAGUGGACUCGGAAUUUGGAGAACAGAAACGUUUCAAAAUAAUGAUUCUUACUGUCAAUCGCAAGCCUGAAUCAUCACGAUUUGUCAACGAGGGCUCCCCCUCCCCACCCCCGCGCUCCUCACGUCACUCAUUUUACCGUACUUCACCACGCCAGUCAACGCAGCUCGGCGAAGCGGCAGCCAGUGCAGGUCCGGUUCUGAUUCCACUCCGCCACCGACGCCGACCCGCGUCGCCGCGAACGUCGCCUUGCGCGGUGCUUGCCAAGCAUUUCGGACCACUCCUCUCCCACGUCCCCGUGGCUCCGGUGGUCUCCACCUCGUUUGCCAGCUCACGAAGCGGCGCGCUAAGCUCGUUCACACCGACAUCGGGGGGAACGGCGCCGUCGUUUUGAACAAACGUGUUGUUUGCAUUGUUCACGUUCCAAGACUGUGUCCUAUGCAUGGUCCCUCACCCCCGUCCGCCUCACCCCACACGAACGCCAUGGCUCGCUGAUGGUGACUGCCCACCCACCCCCUGUGAUGUUUUGUAUCGAAUUGGAAGCUUGCGUUGGGGAAAAAUAAAAACAAAAGUUACUUCUUUAA